AUGAAUGAUUUACAUUCCGUAUAUGCAAAUACGAGCGAAAAAGACAAAAAAAUUAUUUCAGAAAAAUUAAUAAAUAUACUUGAUAAUUUUCAAGAUGCAAAUAAAUGCCAUGUUUCUGAAUUUGUUGUUGUAAGUAGAACGCGUUUUUUAAAAUCAAUUAGCAAUUAUGGCGAAUUUCUAUUGUUGCAAUCUUCUUCCCGAUUAAUAAGCAAUUAUGAAAACAUUUUAAAAUUAUUAUAUAAAUCAAAAGUGUAUUUAGAAUGUGUUAAGUGUUUGCAGUCUAAAAUUUAUAAUUUAGACAAAAAUAAAAAACAAGAAAAUGAAAUUUUAACAUUUAUUAAUUAUUUAGAAGCAAAAAAAAAAAAAUAUUAUUAUUAUAUAUGUGGAACAUUAAUAAAAUAUAUUAUUACAUCACUCAAAAAAAAUGAUCAUGUUUUAGGAAAUGAUUGUAAUAAUACAGAUUUAAAAAAAAAUGAAAAGAACAAUAUUGAGGUAUAUGAUAAAAUUGGAAUUAAUAUAGAUGAUAAAUCUAAUGAUUCAAAUCUAUAUGAAACCAAUAAAUUAAAUAAUAAUGAUGAAAAAAGUAUUAUUGAGCCUUUUAAUGAAUUAGAAGAAUAUGGCGAUUAUUUAUGUAAUGUGUUAAAUCAAAUGGAUAGUAAAUCAUGGAAAGAUAAAAAGUAUGAAGAAUAUUUAAAAAUGAUAAGUUUAAAUGAUGAAAUUAUAGUUGAGGAAAAUGAUAAAAAUGACACGUCAGAAACUUCUAGUUUUGCAAAUAUUACAAAGGUUCCAAAUAAUAUGAUAUUGCUACCAAAAUAUUUAGAAAAUGUAAGAAAUUCUAUAUAUAAUCAUCAAAAUAAAUCAAUAUUGGAAGUUAAAUUUAUGGUAGAGCAUGCUAUGAGUAAUAAUUCAAAAGCCCCUUUAUUUAAAACCGGUAAAAUCAUAAGUGAAAUGAUUCCUUCUCCUGAUUAUGAAAAAUAUGGUUUUAGUACAAAAUAUGAUUCUUUAAAUAAAUCAGAUAAUACUUCAUUAGUACGAGAUAUGAUAUUCAAAUUUUUUAACCUCAGUAAAAAUCAGACAAAUAAUUUUAUAUCAUCAAAUGAAUAUUAUAUUAACAUUUUUGAUGUUUUUAAUAUUAUUUUUAAAGGAAUAAAUUCUAUAAAAAUUGAAAACGAAGAAAUUCAUAUAUUUCUUAAGCAAUUAUUGAUUAACACAAAACUAAAUUAUUCUUAUACUUUUAAUAAAAAAUUAGAAAAUAAACAAUCCUCAAAUAAUGAAAAGCAUAAUUAUAUUAUUUCUCCAUUAAAUAUAUAUAACAAUUCAAAUGUUUGCAAAGAAGUAUUAAAAUAUGCUAUUGGAAAUAAUGACAUAGCAUUAACAUUAACAGUUGUAGAUACAUUUUUAACAAUAGCCAUAUAUGAAAAUUCUUUAAAAGAAAUCGUUAAUUUUCUUAAUACAAUUGCAGAAUGCAUAAUUAUCCCUUACUUAAGAUGUGAAAUUUUAUCAUCUUACAAAAAAAAUUAUAGUGAAAAUGCGUCUUUGAGGAGCAAAAUAGAUAAUAUAAUUGAUUAUAACAAGACAAUAACGAACAAAAAUAAAAUUAAUAAUGAUGAAAAUAAUAGAACUAGCGCUAAUAUAAUCAAAGAAAAUAAUAAUGGUGAACAUUUAGUAAAUUAUACAAAUUUUCAGAAAUUUAUAUGCAAAAUUCCGUUGCAUGAAUAUGAAUCCUUGAAGUUGUUAGAAUUAUUUUCAUUGCAAUAUCCAAUGUUUUUGAAAAUUAAUAACACCUCGAAAAGACAUUUAAAAGGAAUAUCUAAACCUUGUGAAUAUUCUACAAACAUACUUCCAUCACAUGGGUCAUAUAUAUUUCAAAUUGUUGUUUCAUUUGAAAUUGACAAUUCUAUAAAAGUAUUAGACGAACAAGGAUCUAAAUGUAAAAUUAUGUUUCAACUAAAUGAAGAUGAAGACAUUAAUAGUAAUGCAAAUGAUAAUAAUAACCAAUACAAUAAACACAACAUAUUGGAGAUUAAUUUUCUUAAAAAUUACAUGUAUACAAAAUUAAUAAAACCAACAAAUUACAUCAAGGAACAAGAACAUCUUUCCAAAGAAAUAGAUGAAAAUAACUGUGACAAGAAUAGUAAUUUAUUUUAUGAAAAGAAUAAUAACCAUAAUUCAUUAAAAAUCCAAAAUAAUAAUAAUGAAAAUUGCAAAAAGUAUAAAAAUAAAGAUACAACUAAGCAGGUAAAUGCAUAUGAUAUAACAAACAUGAAUGCAAUUAUAUUUGAUAUAUUAGUUGAUCAAGGAUGCUACAAUAAUGAUAAUAAUAGCAUUUCCGAUUUCCAGAAUAACCACGGUAAAAUAGUUAUUUAUUCAAACGGAAAGCAUUUAUUAACAACAAAUAUAAAAAAAAAUUCUUCUUCUUUUGAUAAUAAAAUUUUCAUGAGCAAUAGUAUAAACUUAAAAGUUUAUGCUUCUCACACAUGUAAUAUUGAAUUCCCAAAUGAAUAUUCAUGGUCUGCGGCAUUUGUUGAUGAAUUAGUAAACAGAAAAUUGCUUCCAGAUAUAAAUAGUGAUUUUCUAUUUAAAAACUCAAUUAAUAUAAUAGAGCUCUAUAAUAAAGUUUCUAUUGCAUUAAAUCGCUAUAUAUACCACUUUUGUAAUUGGACUGAUAACGAUUAUAAAAAAGUAAUAGAAAAUGAAACAACAUAUAAAUUAUAUAAUAGUAUAGACAUUUUAACUUUUGAAUCACUAAUUAAAUACACAGAAAAUAAUAAUAAAAUUUUGAAAAAAUUAUAUAAGUUAUCAAAUAUGUGUGUAUCGGAAAAAAUCAACAGUAACAAUGAAAAUAAAGAUAUUAUAGACAAUACAAAUUGCACAAAUAGCCACAAUGAACCAGUAAAGAAAUAUAGAGAAUAUUUAUAUGAGUGGAAUAAAAUAUCUGAUUCUCAUAUAUGUGCAUUAAGUAUUCUGAAAUUAUAUUUAAAGAAUAAUAUAGAUACACAUAAUAUUAGGAUAGAAAACAAUGAACAAUUUUAUUCAUUAUCAGAACGAUUAAUAUUAGCAUUUUUAAAAAUAAUUAAAUUAGAAACACCAUUUGUAAAUAUAAAAGAAUUUUUUGUAAAUGAAUAUUAUGAAAUGGAAGAAUUAGAUUUAAAUGGUAUUUUAUGGUUAUUGCGAAGGAAUGUAUUCCAAAUACUUUUAGAGGCGGAUAAAAUAAUUAUAAGUAAUAUAUUUAUGAGAAUAAACAUUGAUAUUAUUUUGAAGUUACUAAAGUUUUUUUCAGACAAUAAUAUAUUAGACUCAUAUAUGAUUUUGAAACUAUUGAAAUCUUUAGAACAUAAAGGAAUUUUAGAAAUUAUGAUGAAACGAAUGCUAAGUGCACCAUAUAGUAAUCAUUGCGACAGUUCCAUUGAUGAUAGUUACCAUAGUAAUUAUAAAGAUAAAUAUCAUUAUAAUACUAACAAUUGUAACAGUAACAGCUAUAACAAAAAUGAAAACAAUCAUUAUGUAAAAUCUCAAAAUAUAAGUUCUCCCACAUUUUCAUCGUCAUCAUGUAGUUCUAGUUUUUAUAAUAUAAACGGAAACUAUUUAAAUGAAUUUAAUAUGGACCUUAAAAAGGAAGAAAAAACAAAAAAACGAAAAUAUUAUGAAGAAAAUAAGCAUGAAAUAGAAAGAUAUGGAAAAAGAAAAAGAAAUUCUAAAUUUAGAAUAAUAGACAAUACAUAUUUUGGUGUUUUUGUUGAAGAAUUAAUUUUAUUAAUAAAUAAUCAAACAAGUGAUGCAAUAAAUAUACCUGUUGUACAACAUAAUGAUGAAAACGAUUUUUUAAUUGAAAACAAAACAUGUGAAUUUAUACAUAAACUAUGCUUUUUUUAUGAAAGUGAACCAAAAAAAGAAAUAUUAUCAAAUUAUAAAUAUUUUGAUUUCUGUAUCAAAAUAAUUAAUGAAAUAAAACAAAAAAAUACCAAUGUAAGUAAUGCAAGUGAAGUGGCAUCUAUUUUUUUUCGAGGUAUUGUAUUAAUGCUAACGACACACAUAUUGACAAUAGCAACAGAAUAUGAAUCAGAAAAAGCCUUUUUAUAUCAACCAGUUAUUCCAUUUUAUAACUUACAUAAUAAAAUAUCAAAAGAUAAAGUUCCAAAUAAAGAAAAUAACAAUAUUAGUAUAAAAUUAUCCAAUUCAGAAUAUGGAGUAAACAAUAUAAACCAAACAAAUUUUAUGGAAAACAAUUUUGAGAAUUCUCCAAUUUUAAAAAAUCAAUAUUUAUAUAAUUCAGGUAGUUUUUUCGAAGAUAAUCUUAGUUAUAAUAGUAAAUUUUCUAGUUAUAUAUGUUCGGAUUUGUCUUCUUUUAACAAUGAUAAUACGAAUAUUUUAAAAUAUACAAAAUGUAGAGAAGAAAAAAAUAUAUGGAUGCCUUUAAUUUCUACUGAAUCCACAGGAUUGAUUGAUAAUGCUUUAUCAAAUUCAGAUGAUUCCAGUUCACAUGGAUUAUGUGUAAAUAAGAAUAAUCCAUCACUUUUUAUUGCUAAUAGUAUAGAAAAUAUAUGUAAUAGUAAUAGAAAUGAUAAAAAUGAUAAGAAAAAAGGAAAAAAGCAUCAUAACAAAAAAGACAAAUAUACAAUAUUUCCAGAAUACAAUUAUAACUCUGAUGAAUCUGACGAAUUUUAUAUUAGAAAAAAGUUACAAGAUUUUUAUGAUAAAAAUAGUGAUUCGAUAGCCUUUAAAACACAAAUGAAUGAAGUUAUUCAUAGCUUAUCUAAAAAGAAAAAGUAUGAUAAGAAUAGCAAAAAAUUGAAAAAAAUUAAAAAAAAAAUAAUAAAGUAUGUAACUGAUUCAAAUAAAUUGAGUUUCAUCUUUUCUCUUUUGGAAGAAAUAUUGAAAAUUAUGUUAUCAGUUGGUUUAAGAGUUUUGUCUAGUAUUUCAUACCAUUAUUUAUAUGAAAAAAAUGGCAUGCACAAAUUUAUACACAUAUUUGGAUCAAAAAUGAUUAGAAAUGGAUUAAAUGAAAAAAUGAAUUUUCUUCAAUUAUGUGAAAACAUGAUUAAACCUAAAAGCUUAACGUUAUUACAAUCAUGUAAUUUCAUUAUAAGCGGAAUUAUUCCAUGUUUAGGAUAUGUUACAAAUUUGUUCGAUGAAAAAAAAAUUAACAAAUACUCAUAUAUAAAAGAAUUGAAAAAUUAUUUAUCUUUAAAAAUGGCUUUAAAUAUUUGGCCAAUGUUUUUAAAAAUCACAUUACAAGGAUUAUUAACUUCAAGACACUUGUCUUUUGAAAUGUCAGUACAUAAAGAUAAUUUACAUCCCAUUGCAGAAUGUUGUAUAAGUAUUACAAGUUUAGCUACCCACUUCUUAUCAUUCUUCACUAUUAUGUCAGAUAACCUAAGCAAAUAUGAAAUAUAUGUGAACAUGCGGAAAAAUUUAAAAGAUUCAUCAAAUUCAUAUCCAAUACCAUUGAUUUUAAUUGAUGCAGCUAAAUAUAUUCGCAUAUCGUCAAAAAAAAAUAAAUAUUUUGAUUUCGAAAAAGCUAUAAGAAUUAUAUUAUUACAACUUACAGAUUGUUCUGUGUGCGAUUAUGAAAAUUAUGUUUUUAAUCACUAUGUAAUUCCUCAAAGUAUAUCAAGAUUUUUAUCGAUGACAAAAAAUACAUGUGAAGAUAGUUACAUAGAUAAUUAUUCACCUAAUAAUAUAAUAACAAACGAGUCGAAUAAUUAUGAUAACUUUAAUAAGGCAAGUAUGUCUGUAGGAAAGGAACGUACCAACACAUAUAAACCAUCAUAUGAUAAUGAAAAUAGUAUAUCUCAGAAUUUAAAAUCAGAUAGUUAUAAAAUUAAAUCAGAAAAAAUACAAUUUUCUACUCAGGAUGAGAAGUAUAAUCCUGGAAAUAAACGAAGCAUAGAAUUUUUACAUAAAUUAUUGAAAAACGAUAAUGAUGCUAUAAAAGAUUUAGGAAAAUUUUAUAAUGUGUUUCAUAAAAAUUUUGAAAGAGUGCAAAUAGCAUUUGUUGCUGUGUUUUUGUAUAUUAUUGGUUAUAAUCAUAUAGAAAAUAAUGAAAACUCAAAAAAUAUACAAAAUGAAUUAAUUAAUGAGAGUAAUGAAUAUAAUUCAUCUUUAAAAGAAGCUUUAGAAAUAAAGAAAAUAACAAUGGCUUGUAAUUUAGCUAGACAGGGUGUUAUUGAUCUAAUAGCAAAAAGUCAGACAAAACAUAAUAAAAAAAAUGAAGAAAAUAAAUCAUUAAACAAAUCAAAAAAUGAUAAUAAAAGUUAUAACAGUAUGGAAUCGAUUGAUUCUGAUAACAAGUUAUAUGAUGAUAUAAAAAAUGUAAAAAAUGAUUAUGUAAAUCGCGUAGAUAAUAAUGAACAUAACAAUAGUAAUAUAUCAAAUGAAUUUAACCUAGAUAAAAAUGCAACAUCAUCGGAUAAUGAAAACCAGUCUUUUAAUUCAGAAGAUAUUUAUAAAGAUGGAUUAGAUUAUACAAAAUUUUCACUACAUAACGUGGAGGAAAAAAGCAGUAAUAAAACUAAUGAAUCUAUAACAAUUGAUUUAAUUAAAUUAAAAAGAGAAAAACAAAUAAAUAAAAUUGUAAAGAAAUGUGAAUGGAUAAUGAAUACAUAUCCAUAUGGAUUGUGUCCAGUAAUAGUAAUUGAUAACUAUUCUCAUGAAUGGGAUGAACAUUUUGUAUUUAUGAGAAGAAAUUCUUAUGAUAUACCUGUUACUAUAAGAAAAUUAUAUUCCGAUCGCAGCGAUUAUCAAUUAGUACAAGAAGCUGCAACUGUACCAGCAUUUACUAGCUCAUUAAAAACAAAUAUGUCAUCUUUGUGUUAUAUUGACAAUUUAUUUAGAAAUCAAAAUAGAAUGUAUGAUAAAAUAGAAUGUAUGCAAUUUAGCACAGAAACAAUUUUUGGUAAGAAUACUACAAGAAACAUGUGCCACUUAAAAAGAUUAUUAAGAACAUAUAAAAGAAAUAAUAUUUUAAAAGAAUCCAAUAAUAUUUACUUAAAAUACAAUAGAGAUAGUAUAGAUAAUAGUAUGAUUGAUCAUAAUAUUAAGACACAAAAAUAUUCUAAUAGUUUCCAAAUUUGUGAUAGCACUAACUAUUAUACGAAUUAUUAUAUUCCAGAAAAACAUAACCCUAAUUAUAUGAAUAUUUUAAGAAAUGAUAGCAUUAAUUAUGAAAACAACAAUAAUAUCAACGAUGGAGAACUUUGCUUAAAUAAUCAAAAUAGUAAAAAUUAUAUUUAUCACCAAGAGUGUAAUAAUAUUCUUGUCGAUGAGUUAAAUUACAAUGUUGCAAAUAAUAAAUCAGAUCGUUGUAUGUAUUCCCACAAACUUUUAGAUGAAAAUGAUUUCAUAACCCAAGAUAUUAAUAAUAAUAUCAACAAGUUGGAUAAAAGCACAUAUUAUGCUACAAAAAAUGGUAGUAGUUUUUUUGAAUAUGAUUGUAACUCUUCUUUUUUUAAUUUACAUGGUAUAUUUAAUAAACAUAAUAUAAUCACUAAAUCCAAAUCAAGCAAUUUUAUCAGUAAUAAUGAAAAAAUACCUUUAUAUAUUGAUGAUAUGAAAAGUGACCAAUAUUUAAAAAAUAUAAAAAAUUAUCCAUCUUUUGAUUAUAUUAAAAAUAAAUAUGCUUCUAUGAAUUCAGAAAAUAUGACUAUAGACAAUAUAGUAGAUCAUACAUUUGACUACAAUUAUACUACACAAUUAAAAGAAAUAUUAAACUUUUUAAUUGAUGAUAUUGAACUUGAAACUGUUUUAAAUGUCAUAAGAAUAGAGCAAUUGACACAUUUAUGUAGAUAUUUAAUUAGUCGAAGUUUAAAAUCAAUGUUAUGUGCAGGAAUAUUUGGAGGAAUAAAAAAUCCAAUAGUAAAUAUGAAAAAAAAUAAAAAAUAUCAAAAUGAGCAAUCACGAAAAGAUUGUUAUAAUUAUAAUUCUGAUGAUAUUCAGAAAAAGAAGAAAAAAAUUAAUUAUAAUGAAAAAAAUAUAGAUGAUUUUAAUAACCAAUCCAUAUCAAAUGAAUACGAGCAGACACAACCAAAUAAUGUGCAAGAAAAUAAUAAAACAGAAAAUUGUAUUAUAUUAAAAAAAAAAAAGAGAUCACCAUCAUUGUGUGAAAAUAAUAAAUUAAGUUUAUAUACAGAUAAAAGGAAAUAUAAAAAAAUUGUUGAAUUGAAUUAUAAAUAUGAUAAUAAUAAGAUAAAAAGAGACAUAUUUAAGUUAUUAAAACACAAAUCAGAAAAAAACACACAAUGGCCUGUUAUUCUAGAUUUGCUUGUUCCUUCUCUAAGUAGAGGAACAUAUAAUGAAUGCAAUAGAACAGUUUCGAAUGUUGAACCAUCUUUAUUUUCUGUACAAAAUUAUGGAUGGAUGCUUUUGAAAUUAUUGCAUAUUAUAAUUAUAAAAUUUAGAAAUAUAACUCCAUUGAAAAAUGUAAUAAACGUAAUGAACGAAAAUAACAGUACUACAAACGGGUCAUAUUCAUAUAUGAAGGAUAAAAUUUCACAUAACUAUUGGUUUACACAGCCAAUGGAAUAUGCUCUUUCCUUUACAUUAACGGAUAUAACAAAAAGUAUAUGCAUUUGGUACUUAAGAUAUAAUAGAAAAAUGAUAAUGAAUUCGGCCAAUUUUUCACAAAUUAUAAAAAAUUCUAUGAACACAUUAUGGAUAGAAAGCGUUUUACGAUUAAUAGCUUUACAGAUAUGUUUGAAAGUAAAACCCUUGAAUGAUAGUAGAUAUGUUGUACCAUUUUUAUACCAUAUGUUAACAAUAUGUCAACCACUAUUGCGUGAAGUACAUAUAAACUUUGAACAAUAUAAAAAGACAAUUAAUUCUGUAAAUAAAAAACAACCAUUCAUGAAUCAUAAUAGCUCUAGAUUUAAAGUAAUAUGCUCAUAUUGUUGCAAAUCUGUUAAAAAUGUGCCAGGAAAUAUGAAUUCCAAAUCAAUUCCAAUGAAAAAUAACAUUAAAAAUAAUAACAUCAAUGAAAAAAUAGAUAGCAAAAUGGACGAACAAAAUGUUGAAGAAAAGAAAAAUGGACAUGAUGUCAAAGGAUACAUACAUUCUGAAAGAAUAGUUAAAAAACCAAAACAAAUAAAACAAAGAAUACCAAUAGUGCGAAAUUGUAAUUCUUUAGAACAUGAAAAUGCAGUGUUAUUAGAUAAUGUGAUUACAGGAGUUAUUAUUUAUCAUGAGUAUGUUGAUAAUAAUGAGCAUAUAGAUAAAGCAUUAAUUUUAGAAAAUUUAAAGGGUUUUGAAAUAACAAAAGAAUAUUUUCACAGAAAUCAAUAUUUGGCUUUGUGUGUCCAACAAUACAAAAAUUCUUCUCGAUAUACCUUACCAUUGAAAAACCUGAAUAAAUCUAUAAAACAUAUAAAACAAAAUAUAUUUCAAAAUAUGAAUAAUAAAAUAAAUUCAUGCUUUUGGUCUAUAAGCGGAGAUCCGGUAUAUAACAUAUAUGGAAAUUCUAGAACAAUAUCUGAUGUACAGCUAGAAAUAUAUGAUAAUAAGAAUCACGAUACUAAUUUAAAAUCAUUUUUUAUGAAAAAUAAUUUUGAAUUGGAAUUUUCAAUUAACACAGAUACUAAUGAUGUAAUAAACAUUUGGGUGAAAAAAAAAUCAAUUAUUAUAAAUGAAAUAAUAGAGUGUGUGGACCCGUUAGAGUUGGAAUAUACAAAUCCAUCUUGCAAAAAUAUCGAAUUAAUUGAUGAUGAUAAGCCAUUAAAAAGAAAGAAACCACGAAAAAGCCAACAGAAUGAUGGAGAUAUGAUAAUAAAUACAUCAAAUAGUGGUAAUAAUAAUAAUAACGUUAAUAAAUAUGGUUAUGAAAACUAUCAUUAUUAUAAUAAUGAUGAUAAUAAAAAUUAUGAAAACACAAAUGAAGAACAUGUUUGUGAAUGUAUGAAAUCUUCAAUGGAUAUAGAACAUGUUUCUAAUGAUAACAAUAACGAUGAUUCUUGCAAAAGCACAAAUUCUGAGAAUUGCAAAAAUAGCGAAAGUGAUUAUUUUGAUGAUUAUGAAAACCUAAAUUAUAUAAAACUAAAAACAAUAAGUUGGAAUUUGAUUAAAACUAUUUUAUGGGGAAUAAUUGUUUCUGGAGAAAAUACAGAAAAUGAAAAGCUACAUAAUAAUAUAUCUAAUGAGAGUAGUACAAAAAGUGUGAAAGGGAAGUAUUGUAAUAUCAUCUAUGAUAUGUAUGAUGAAUAUAAAUAUAAAAAUAAUUAUAAUGAUUUUAAAUAUAAUUUCAAUACAGCUCAAAGAAAAAAUCUUAUAGAAUCUGUUUUAAAAAUGAUAAUGUCUGUUUUAAUAAAAUUAUGCAACAUUGUAAAAUUAUAUAAAGAUUUAACAAAAAAUAAAAAGGGUUCAUUUUACAUUAUUAUUAAUAAUACGAAAAUAAGAAAACACCAAGUAAAUGAUUGUGAAAAAAUGAUUAGUGAUUUUAUGCAUUCUUUAAUUAGUUGCAUUCAAAAUUCAUCAACUGGUGCAAUGAUAUUAUUAAGGUGUUUUUUACUAGGUCAAGAUAAUCCUACAUAUUGUUUUAAAAAAUUAUCAAACCUUAAAAUAAAUUGUAAUUUUUAUAAACUAAUUACAGAGUGUAUAAAAAAGGCUCCUAAUGAUGCUGAUGAUAUUACGGUUUUUUUUAACAAAUAUUUUGAUCAAUAUAUAUUAAAUAAUUAUAAUGAUGCAAUAGAAAAUGAAUAUAUAAACAAUAUACAAAAGGAUAAUAAUAAAAUUAGUAAAACACCAUUAAAAGACAACAAUAUUAAUGUUAAUUAUAAUAAUAACAAUGUAUUUUUAAAUGGAAAUUAUGAUAAUUUUAUAAAAGACAAAGGAAAGAACAUUAAAAUAUCAAAUAUUUUGCAUAAAAAUUAUGAUACUAGUAAUAUAAAAAAUAAUAAUUAUAAACAAGGAAAAAUACAAGGCUUGUUUUUACUCAGGUGUUUACCUCCUAUAAAAUUGUUUCCAAAGCAAUUGAUUCAUCAAGAAGCAAGAAAAUUAUUUCCUAAAGGAAAAAAUACUUUUGAUGAAAACACCAAAAAUUCAACAUCUAAAAAGGAUGAUAAUAAUAAUUCUUCAAAUCAUAGUACUAAUGAUAAUAGUAAAAAUGAAAGAAUGGAGAAUUUUAUUACCUCUAGAGAUAAUUUUGAAUCUAUAUAUUAUCAAAUGGAUAUGAAUGAAUCAAGUAAUGAAUGUGAUAUACAAUGUCGAAGCACACAAAAUAUAUUAGGUUUAAUACCUAGGAUAUCAUAUAGAAAUCAUCCAUUUCACGAUUUACCUCAAUCUGAGUUUUUUAUGUCAGCUAGACCAUCAGAUGAUUUUGAAACACAAAUGGAAGGAAGAACAUUACGAGUUUUACGUGGUUUAAACUUAGGAGGUGUCGUUUUAUGUUUAGCACCACUUACAUUUCCAGCAUUAAAUGUUACCCAUAAUGAAGUUAAUGAUAUAAUUAAUUUUCGUAUUCAAACAAGAGGUCGUUUUGGUGUUACUGUUGCCCCCGCUGAAUGUGUGCUUUCUAAUGUUUCUGAAGUUUUUGAUAGAAAUGAUGUGGUUGGUUUUCGUACAAGCACAUGUCAACCAUUUAGUCAUGAUGUAUUUGCAGCAAAUGUCCAAUAUGAACUAGGUGAUCUUUUAAGUGUGAAAUUUAACGUAGAAGAUCAACAAAAUCAAAAAUGUUUAAGAACAGAACUUAUGGUUUCAGGAGUUAGUAUCGGAUCUGUUUUAGAAGUUUUAUUUGAAUCUGAUUCACAAAUUGAAUUUGAAAGACGAAUGAAUCUAAUUUUUAUUUUCCAAGAUCCUAUGACUAUUUUGUAUGAAGGUCCAACAUUUACUAUGGACUAUGUAGAUCCAAAUACAAUAGACUCAAAAAAUUCUAGAAACAAUAAUAAAAAUUUAGAUGAAGAAUAUUUAAAUGAAUAUUAUUCCUUGACUGGAUGUAAAAAGAAAAAUUUUGAAAAAAAAUUAAAUAAAAUGUCUUUGAAGAAAAAAGAAUUCUAUGAAUCUGUAAAAUUAUACCAAUCAAUUCUUGGAUCAGAUAAUGAAAUUUUAAAAGGAUUAAAACAAGAAUUAAUAACAAGGAUGAGUAACACAUUAACUAAAAUAUCUUAUAAUUUGAAAAAAAAUUCAUCAAAUUUAUAUUCAGAAAAUGACAUUACAAAUGAUUUAUUUGAAGUUCAAAAAUCAAAGAAAAUAAAAUUAUUUAAUUCUAUUCAAUCUAUAGAAAAAAAUAAUAAGAAUAGUUUAGAAAACAAUGACAAAAAUGAAAUAGGUUUGGAUAAAAAUUUAUAUGAGUUUUUAAAUAAAAAAUCUUAUAAAAAAAAUAAUAAUGAAGAAAAUAAUGUAAAGGAAAACAAAUAUAAUCACAAAAAUGGAGAAAUUUUGCAUUUAGACAAGGAUGAUUAUGAUGGUAUCAAUUAUAGUAGCAGCACAAAUAAUAAUAGCUCAGAACAUGUUAGUGAUAUUGAGAAAUUUAUUAAAAUAAAUAGCACUGAACUUGAAAAAGGCAAACCAUCCGAACACUACUUAUUAUUUGAGUGUAAUAUCUCAGAUAAGAGAAACCAUCAUACCAAUGAAGAAAAUAACAUGAAUUUAUUAUAUCCAAAUGUCUAUAUAAAACGUAAAAUUAAUAUAAAUAAAAUAGUUAGAGAAUUAUUAUCUAUUAUUUGCAUUUUUGGGUUAACUAUAGAAAACGAGGAAAAAACACCAAAUGAAAAUGAGAAAAAAACAGAAAAUAAAAAACACAAUUUUUAUGAUGAACUUCCUUGGCUAAGCAGUUUAUCGGAAUUAAAGCAUUCUGUAUCGUAUUCUUUAGAUAUGAAAUGUAUUGAACUUUUUUUUUGUAAAUUGGUAGAUAUUAUAUGCAGUGACUUCUUUGUAAAUUCUAUUUUUAAUUUUAUUACCAACAAAUAUAAACCAAAUAAUAAAUGCAAUUAUGAAGAUAAUAAUAAUAUUGUAGUAGAUAAAAACAAUAUUAAUAGUAUAAAAGGGGAAUUAAAUAAAAAGAAGAAAAGUUUACAUCCAUUAAGAAAAUCAAGAUCAAAAAAUGAUGCAAUAGACACAGAAAAUAAUUUAUAUAAUAUGAGUAGCAGUGAAAAAAAUGAAAAUUAUGUCAACACGAACAGUCCAAAUAAUAACGGUUCUAUGAAUAAUAAUAGUAUACGAAAUGAAAACUUGCAAAUGGAUUCAAUUUUUAUAGGUGAAACUGGCUCAUCAGAAUCUUAUAGAAAUAAUUUUGAAAAUCAUGAAAGUAAGGAAAUUAGUGAUGAUACAAAUGAUAAUAACAAAAAUAAUAAUAAUAAUAAUAAAAGUGAUGAUGAAUUGAACUAUAAACAAUUAAAUAUAUUCAAUGAUAAUAAAAAUGAUUUCUUUGAGUAUACUAUAUGUUUAAUAGCAACAAAAUCAGUUAUGUGCUGUUGUAUUUUAUUAAGAACACUACUUGAAAUGAAUUCAGAUGGAACUUAUGAACCUGAUAAAAAUGUUUAUGGGUCAUUUAAAAAGUUAUUAAAUUUUAUUAAAAUAUUUAAUUUUAUAGACAUUGGAAUAAGUGAUAUAUUAAUUAAACAUUUUGCGAAAAAUAAUUCUAUUAAUAUUGAAAGGAUUUUUGGAAAAAAUCAAAAAUAUAAUUUCCAAAAUAAUUUUAAUAAUACUAUAUCACCAACAUCUUUUGUCCACAAUUUCUUUGUAAAUGAAUCAAAUUCAAAAAAUAAUAUAAAUAAUUCAUAUAAUGAAGAUACCGCACAUAUAUAUAAUUCGAAUUAUUUUAACAUAAUAAGAACUGAUGGAAUAAAUAAAUUUGUUGAUAAAAAAGAAAAUAUAAAUAUGAUAGAAAUAUUGAAACAUUGUGGAAUACCAUUUGAAUUUUUACAACAGUUUAAUCUAUUUCCUCCAGAAAUCAAAAACCAACAAGUAAUAACACAAAAUGAUACUUUUGAUUUAUGGACAUAUAUAUUAAAUGUUUUAGUUUGUUUUAAUUCUCAAAAUGCAUAUUCAUUAAGCUUUCCACAUAAUAAUAUUAAUUUAACUUCUAAUUCAUUAAAAGAUACACUUUUUGAUUUUGAAUAUUCUAAUACAUAUCUUUCAAAGAAAAUUGCUAGUACAUCAGCAAAUUUUUAUGCUGGUUACGUUUUAAAAAAAUAUUUAAUAGAUAUUUGUUGUGUAAUGACACUAUUAUUUCCUAAAUUGUUUAUGGAUGAGUUAAAAACAAGUUUAAAAAAUAUCAAUUAUGGCAAGAAAAUCAAGGAAGGGAUAAAUGGAAUUUAUAACUAUAAUGAUAAUAAUACUCUCGAAAGAUCCAAGCAACGACCCAUAAUGAAAAAAGGCGAAAUAAUUGAAAAGCGUAGUAAGCGUAAUAAAAAGAAAGUUAUAAAAAUAAUAAAUAACAGCAAAACAAAUAAAAAUGGCAAACAUGUUAGAAAAGACGAAGAUGAUUCUAAUAUGUUGUAUAAAGAUAGUACAUCAUUAAAUAAUACAGAGGAUGUAAGUUUGGAUUUCGUUAACGAAAAAACAAUUAUUGAAGGAAACUAUUAUGGUAUAGAAGAAACGAAUCAGGAUAACGUUUUAUGGAAUAAUAAUGAUGGUGUACAAAAUCAAAAUAAUAAGGAAAUUUUCAAUAUUAAAUCAUAUUUACAUAAAAAGAAUAAAAAUAAAAUAAAUAAUAUUGGAAAAUUAUAUAAUUUAGGAUUAAAACAUAAGGAAGAAAUUUUAAAUAUUUUUAGCAUUAUUUAUCUAUUUCGUAUGUGUGUUUAUUACCUUAGUAGGAAUAAAGAUUUUAGAAAAGAAGAUUAUUGGCAAAAAUUUCAAGGACAAUUAAGAAAUGCAAAAAUACAAGAAAAUGUGUAUAAAUUAAUUAAUGAAAAGAGUUAUAAAUAUUCAAUUUUGUAUGGAUGGCAAAGAAUAUUUUACAAAUCUAUUGUUACAUGGAAAGAUAAAAAAUUAGUAAAUCAGUUGUUAUUAAUAAUCCAAUGUGAAUUAUUAUACCAUUUAAUAGGUUCUAUUGUUCAAUGUAUUUCACAAAAGAGAGUUAAAGUAGAAAAUUUUCAUUCAAUUUCGCCUUCUGUGCAUGUAGCACAUUGGUUAUUAGAUACAUUUAUUAGGCAUCCAUUAUGUCCAUCACAAAUACGAUCAAGUUGUAUUACACCCAUUUCAGUUACAUCAUUAUUUGGAUUAAUUAUUAAUGGAAAUCGCCUUCCUAUAAUUCUUGGUAUAGAUGUAUGCAGAUUGGUUUAUUGGUCUUGUGUUACUUAUAUAAUGCAAAAUAGAACAAUUCAAAAAAAUUAUAAACAAUUGUUGAAUAUAGACAUGUUAACUCAAUUUAAUUUGCCCACUGGAGACCUUGAUAAUAUUAAUAGUGACACUAUAUAUAAUAAAUUUGAUACCAAUUAUAUAAUAAACAAAAAAACAAAAAAAUCUCGAGAAUCUCAAAUCACAUAUAAUAAUAUAAAAAAUAAAUAUCAAAGAAUAAAAUGCAACUAUAAUGAGUUUUUAAAUUAUCUAUUUAAUUGUGUAAAUAUUUUUGGAUCUUCUGUUUUUAAUCAAAUUAUUAAAUUAAAUGAAGAAAAUUGCUAUAAAAUCAAUAAUAGUAGUAAAAAUAAAUAUGAAGAGAUAAAUAAUAAUAGUAAUAAUGGAAAUGUUAGAAAUAAUAAUGAGAAUGUCAAUAAUAUUAUAGAUAGCUUAAAUAACAACAUUAACGAUAUAUUGAAUUGCAUACAAAACUCAUCUAAUAAUCGAAUACUAAAUAAUAAUUUUAGUGGAAUUAAUAGUGCAAGCAAUGAAACAAUAUAUAAUUUAAAUGUUACUAAUAGAACGAGUCCAAAUAUUUCUUCGAACAAUAUUAAUAAUAGCGGUUUACAAGAGAAUACAGAACCAGCUAACGAUUGUCAUAAUGCCAAUAAUGAAUCAACACAAAAUGCCUUAUAUAUAAAUUCAGCUAAUAAUAAUGUAGUGAAUGGAAAAAAAUUGUCGCACAAUGCAUAUAAUUUCGAUUUAUUUGAUAAUAAAGAAAAGGGAACCCAUGAUCCCUUAAAAGUUAAUGCUUCAUUACUUAUCCAUUAUUUUGCUUGCGCUGCAUAUUAUAUUAAAAAAAUUGAUGUAUUUAAUAAAAUGAAAUUUAGCAAUGAACCUGUAUAUAACAAUUUUAAGCAAUAUUGUUUAUAUUUGUACGUCGUUGAUCAUGUGUCUAAAAUUUAUUAUAAAAAUAUAAGGAAUUUUAAUACGAAUGAAUGUAUAAAAGGUUAUGUUAAUAAAAGUAUUAACGACGAUCCAAUAGCAUUUAUGCAUGGGGAUACAGAAAAACAAACUGAAUCACAAACAGAUGAAAAAAACAAAUUUCCUCAGGGGCAAAAUGAUGAUAUAAUUAACAAUUUGACAGUAAAUAAUUCAAUAAAUGUUAAUGAUAAUAAAUUAAAAAAUAAAUCAACACAUAUAGACAAUAAAAAUAUUGUCCCUUUUGGCAAUAAUAAAUUAAUGGAUAUCAAAUAUUUGAAUAAUAUUUUUGCAGACAAUUAUGAAGGAAAUUAUCCAGAAAUAUUUGUUCAAGAUGUAUUACAAUUGAAAAAAACAGUCUCAGCUAAUAUUAUAAUAGAUAUUAAUAAAAAAAUUCAUCACAUAUCUUCUCCUAAUUCAGAAAUCAUUAAAUUAAAAAUAAACGAUAUGUUUCCAGUACCAAUAGAAAAUAAUAAGAAAAACAAAAAUGAUAAUGCUAAUUUUAGUGUGAAUAGUAGUAAUAUAUAUAAUUCGGAUAUGGAGAAAAUUAUAAAAUCAAAUAAAAACUAUAAAGACAAAAUUAAUAGAAUUUCAUUAAAAAAAAAAAUUAUGAAUAGACCUAAUGUAGUAUUUGGUGCAGACAGUGAUUUCAAUUAUAUUUUACAAGAGAUAAAAUUUAAUAAAAUACAAAAUUUUAAAUAUAUUGCUUUAAAUUCGAUCGAAACAAAUUUAAAAAUUAAUAAUGUGAAAAAUUUUAAGUUAGGCUCUCAUAUUGAAAUAACUAAUACCCACAAAUUGGCAAACCCAUUAAUAUUAAUAGGGGAUUCUUAUCUAUACUCUGGAACGAGUCAUUCGUCUUCCUUUACUAUAUCACUCUCAUUAAAUGAUAACAUAAAUUGUGUAUUUGAUAAUAUUCAAAAAUUAAUGAAUAUAAAAAUAGGUAUUCUAAGCAUGAAAAGAAAAUAUGCCAAUCUGAAUGAUGCAUCAAUGUCAGAAUAUGAUAAUAAAAUUGAUAGUGAUAAAAAAGAAUAUAGCAACCACAAAAUUACAAUAAAUAAUGAAGAUAGUAAAGCAAAUAUCCCAGAAAAACGCCAUAGAUUAAGUAAUAUUUCUCUCGCUAAUUAUAAGAACAUUUGCCCUAGAUCUAUUAAAAUUGAUGGACUAUUUAGAUACUCCUCUUAUUUUCCAAAAAGCAUAGAAAAGAAAGUAUUUACUAAUAAAUCAAGAAAGAGCGAUAUUAUUAAUAAUAGUGUUAAUACUGAUGAUAAUAAUGAUGAAUCUUCUUCUCCUAAAAAUGAUAUUGUUUAUUUUUGUGAGAUUAAUAAGAAAUAUAAUGAAAAACAUACGAAUGAAUUUAUAACCAAUAAUGAAAAUUGUAAUGGCACUAAUAAAACCUUCGAAGAUGGAAACGAAACUGAUAAAUAUAAUGAUAUUAGAAUAAAAGACGAAUAUAUAAAUAUUAGUAGCAAUAGUAAUACUAAUAGUGAUGAAAACAAUAAUAACAGAAAAAUGGAUGAUAAUGAUGAUGACAAUAAUAAAAAGAAAAUCAGCACAAAUAUUUCCCCUACUAAUUUAAAUGAAAAAAUUACACAAAAUAAUAAUUCUUUCAAAUAUGAGAAUAGCUAUAUAACUUACGACAUUUUCAAUGAUAAAGUUUAUUCGAAAGGAUUUAUUGUUGAUGAUGUUUUAGAAAAAUUAAAAUCAUCUAUAAUAAAUAAAACAACAACUAAAAUAACUAUUACCGUCAAAAUAAUUGGUAAACAAAUAGUGUGGAUUGCAAAUGAUAUAUGUUUAAUGAAAAAUGAAUUUAAUAUUGAUAUCAUGAAAUUCGUACCUCUUAUUAUAGUAGAACCUUUAACAGAAAAUAAAAUAUUAGAUGAACUAAACAAUAACUCUGGUUUGUCUAAUUUAUCUUUGUACCUUAAAUUUAUAGAUACGAAUGAAAAAUAUUUUUCUUCAUCAUUAUCAAAUUUUUAUCUUAAAUUCGAAGAUACUCAUAAAAUUAAAUAUAAAAAUAAUUGUGUUGAUAAAAAUAGUAUAUGGGAACGUAUUAAAAAUUUAUGGAAUCCUAAAUGUUUUAUUUUUCCAGAUAAUAGAGGAACAACAGAAAAUGCAUCUAUAGGAGAAAUCGUUAAAAAACAAAAAAUAUUACCAUUAAUAAUACCAAAAUUAAAUAAUGAAGUUAUAGUAAAAUUAUGUGAUGCUAAGUCAAAACACAAUAUUAUUUCUGGGAAAAAUUAUAAUACAACCUCGUUUUUUUUAACCCCAAACAUCAAGAUUAAAAGUGGAUUGAUAAACAGUUCUUAUUAUAUAUAUGGAAGAAAUUUUCACGGAAAAAAAUGGAAAAUUUUAUCUCUAGAUAAUCUCAAAAAUAUUAGAAAUGUCCCAAUUAUGAAUUAUUACAGUUUUGAUAAGUCAAGUAGACACAAAGAAUCGAAUAUAAAGAAUUUAGAAUCAUUAAAUAAUGGUGAAUUUAAAAAUCCAAAAACUUAUUUAAGUAUUCAAAAUAUAUCUAAUAUGCAAAAAACAUUUACUAAAAUAUCAAACACAAAUACAAAUACUUAUGUAAACAAAGAAAAUUUGAACAAAAAAGUGAAAGGUGAUUUAAAUUCGACUAAUCACUUAGAUAAGAUAUAUAAAAAUGAAUUUCUUGAAAUAAAUAAAAGAGGAAGAUAUGAUAAUUCGUAUCACAUUUCUUUGUCACAUGAUAACAAAAAUAUUGAAAAAUUAAAAAAAUCUAUAAAUAGUAAUUUAGCUUCAAAAACAAGCAUAUAUGAAUUAGAUGAAAUUAACAAAAAGCAAUAUACAUCAUAUUAUAAUGAAUCUAUACAAGAAUGUACUGGAAGGAAUGUAAUUCAUAGUAAUUGCGUAAAUGAUUAUUUUACUAGAAGUAGUAAUGACAAUAAUUUACAUAUAAAAUAUAAACUUAAUAAUUUACCAAAAUUAAAAAAAGAUUUAUAUAAUAUAAAAUAUAGUUCAAUACAAGAAAUUAACAAUGUAAUUCAAAGUGAUAAUAAUAUAGAAAAAUCAUACAAACCCAUUCACGAAGAUAAGCUUGGCAAUUACAAUAAUCUUUGUAUGUAUUAUGUAGGAUGCAAAGAAUUCAAAUCAUGUAUAGAUGCUUAUGACUCUGUAUUUCCUGCAAAACAUUUUAUUUUUAAUUGUACUGUCAAAAUUAAUGAACAUGAUACUAGUUGUAAUUCAGAUGAUAUUAAUAAUUCUGUUGGAAUAGUAUGGGGAAUUUAUCGUUGGCUAUGGAAAAGUAAUGGCACUUUUGUUUGUCCAUUAAAUCUUCCUUUACCUACUUCUGAGCUUCCAUCAGAUAAAAUAGAAGAAUGUGAAUUGCAAGUAUCAGGAUUUAAAAAUAAUGACAAUUUGUGUAUUGAAUUCGAACCAUUAUAUCAAAGUUUGUUUUUCUACAAAAAUGGCGUCUAUGAAUUUGGUUUCAAAUUUGAUACAUUUUAUAACUAUAGAAAUAUGAACAAAUCGAUGUUCUCUGACCAAUAUAAGGAAAUAAAAACAAAAGAAUUUUAUAAUGCAUCAAAAAAGGCACACAUUUGUAACAAUACUAGCAAUAUAAAUUGCGUUGAUUUAGAAUCAGUUAAAAAUGAAACCAAUGAUAUAAAUUGCGAACAAAAAGACAAUGAACAAAUUCUAAAGGAAAAUGACUCUAAAUAUGAUAAUUAUGAAAGUUCAAAUACCCUAAUAAAUGAAUCGUUAAAUUCAACAUCCAAAUCACGAAGAAAUAGCACAUAUACAAAUAAUUCUUACUCUUUAGAAAAAAAAUCUAAUAAAAAAAUUAGCGGAAUAACACAUUAUAGCAUAAAAUCAAAAGGUAAAAAAGUAUAUCAAGAUAUGCAUAAUACAAAAAAUGAUACUAACACCUAUAAUAUCGAUAACGACACUUGUGAAAAUGAUGAAGAAGAAUAUCGUAAAAAUCAAAUGCUAAUAAGAAUUAAAAAUCAUGUUAAUAUGAUUAAAUUAUAUAAUUCAUUGUUAUUAAAUGAUUGCGAUAAUGUUACUUCUAUUUUGGAAAAUAAUCCUCAACUAUUAAUGAAAUCUGAUGAAAAUAAACCAGAAAUAUCAUUUGAUCAUUAUGAAAUGAACCAGGAAGGUUUUUCAUGUGAGCUUAUAUCAUCAAUGAAGAAUAUUAUAUAUGAAAAGCAUUUAACACCAUUAAUAUUAGCGUGCAGAAUAGGCUGUGAAAGUUGUGUUCAAAAAUUAAUAAAACUUGGCAAAGUUAAUCCUAAUAGUUCUUGUUAUAAACUGGAUAAGGAAACACCCUUAAUGGUAGCAGCGCAAUGUGGACAUAUCAGAAUCGUAUCUAUGCUUGUUUGUGUAUAUGGUGUACAAAUUAAUAAAAGAGAUACUAAGGGGAAUACUGCUUUGCAUAAAGUUAUAUUAGAUUCAUGUAAUAGUGAGGAAAAGGGUGAUAUUAUAAAAAUGGUUCAAACUUUAUUAAAAUUAGGCGCUGAUCCUACUAUCAUGAAUAAAAAAGGAGUAUCUGUUGAAAAUUUAACAGAAAAAGGAAUAAUUAAAAACAAAAAAUUAGAAAAUAUUUUAAAAAUUUGGAUUAAAUUAUCAUCAAAAAAUAAUAAAAAAGGAAAAAAUUGUUAUAUUAAUGAAGAGUUUAUUCCCGGUCUCCUUUCAAAUUGUUCAGUAGCUGUUGGGUUUAAUAUAAAUCAAAAAUGUUCUUACAAAAGUUUCUCAGUAAAAAUCAAUUCCUUUGUCAUAGGUGGCGAAGAAUUAAUAACCGAAAAGGUUUGGAAUAAUUCUAAGAAUGGUCAAAUAGGUUGUAGUGAUACUAAUGGAUGGGGAUAUAAUUUUUCUGAUGAAAAUAGACAAACAUUAAAAAUGAAGAGUAAGCCAUGUUAUGCUGAUGAUUCUUUACAAAAUAGCCAUAUAAUAAAUUUGUCCAAUAUUGGUAAAAAUAAAAAAGAAAAUAAAGAAAAUGAAAUAAAAACAAUGAAACAUAAAAAUAAAAAGAUUACUAACAAAGAAUGUGAAAUUAAUUCGCUGUAUAAUAAAUAUGAUAAAAAUUGCAUCGGAAAUGAUAACACUAUAGAAAUUGAAGAAGCUAAUAAUGAUGCAAUAAUUUUACAAAAGGGCUAUUUAAUAGAAAUGGAUACUCAUGCAAAUAAAAAUAAUUAUGAAGACGUAAAUAAAAAUUAUUUCUAUUAUGAUUUAAUAAAUGGAAAUGAUCAAAUUAACUAUAGCGAUCUUUCAUAUAACCUAAUAAAUGAGACAAAACAUGGAAACAAAAAUUAUAUGAUAAAUAACAACCACAUCAAUGCUAUAUGUAACCAUAUUGUUGUUCACCCUUGUCUUGAUGACGAAUUUGUAAAUGAUACUGAGUUUUGGGAUAAACACCAAAAUAAUAAAAAAAAUAAAAAUAAUAUUUUACAUCUGAAUGAUAUAAAUAUACAUGAAAUGAAUCAUAAUAGAUUAAAUUUUGAUAAUGUUAAAAAAAAUAGAUGCGAAUAUAAUCUUGUAUUUUCUAAAUUAAAAACAAAUUCCUAUAACUAUCAAUACUUGCAUGAAAGUCUUUUAGAAUUUAUAAAUAAAUCUGGUAUUUUUUCAGAUAUUCUAAAAAAUGCUGGUUAUUUAGAUUCAAAAAAAAUAAGUAGUAUCCCUAAAUUAGAAGAAUUGAAUAGUAUAUUAACCAAGGUCAAAAAUGAAGAUGAUUUAAUUAAAGGAUUUGAAAAAUUUUUAGAAUUAUUUGACACACUUUGUAUGGAUAAAAAAUUAAAAUAUUUAUUAAAUAUGGAUAUAAAAAAGAAUCUAGAAAAAUAUAGUUCCUCAUUGGAUUUAGGUUAUAUGCUAUUAAAGAUAGAUAUUUAUUGCACCAUAUUUAGCGGGUUCAAACAAAAAUGGUCUAAUGAUGUACAUGAACAAUGGAAGAAAAAUUUAUUAAAAAAAAUGGGUAUUUUAAAUGAAUUUCAUGAUAUAAAAUGGAUAACAGAUUCAUAUACAUUUUUUAAAUAUGAGAAUGAUGUAUUAGAAUCAGUAGCAAUUAUGAAUAAAGCAUUGCAAAAUGGUGACCACUUUUUAUUUUACAACAAUUUAAUAAAUACAAUUAAUGAUAAAAAUAUUUUAUUAAAUAUGGCUUUACAUGAUUCAUGUAUGUUUAAUGAAAUAUUUAAAAAUAGAGAUCUAAAUAGAGGAUCAUUUUUAUGUGAUUUAUAUUCAAAAAAAUUAUUCUUAAAGAAUUAUAUUUUUCAAGAGAAUAGUAACAAUAAUGAUAUAAAUGAGCAAGACAAAUAUUCAAAUUAUUUACGGGGAUAUACUAUAAAUAAAAAAGAAAAAUCAAAGAAAGAACUUUAUUUUAUUCCUAAUAUUCUUGACGAACAAAUAGAUGAAAAUAAAAAUAAAUCAAAAUCGCGAACAAAUAAUACACAUGAUAAAUAUACUCAUAUAACAGAUUCUGCACAAUGUAUACCAUUGUUUAGAAUUUUUAGCGAAAUGCAUAAUAGUAACAGCGCUUCGAACAAUGUAACAAAUUCUAUGCAUUAUAUUACUAAUGAAAAUGAAAUUGAUAAUUAUGGAUUAGAUAAUAUAGAUGAUUCAAUAAGGAAAGAAAUCAAUGAAAAAGAAAAAAAUAGUGAAAACGAAAAUGUUAAUUUUGCGUCAUGCAGUCAUUCUUCUAGUCAUCACGAAAGAAUAAGCUAUAAUCAAAUCGAAAAUGAUACAGAAUCAUGUAAUAAAGACAGCGAUGGAAAAUGCAAUAAUAACAAAAAGGAUAUUUUGAAAAAUAAUGAAGAUAUUAAACAACGAGAAAAUAAAAUGACCAAGCAAAGCUCUAUACGAUCAAUUAAUUUAGAUAUAUUAGGAGAAAGUAAUAGUAAUACUAGAAAGGAUCUUGAUAAUAAUAACAUAAACAGUAUCAGCAGCAAUAGCAAAACAAAUAAUAGAAAGAAAAGUCAAUUGAACAUUAAAAAACAAGAAAGAGACACACAUAUAAAGUUUGAAAACAAUUUUACAGAAGAUAUGUCUAGUUAUAAUAAUUUGCCCUUUGAUACAUUAAAAAAAAGUUCUAACUGUGGAAAAGAAUGUAAAAAUACAAAUUAUAGUACUGAAAAAGAAAAAUGUGACAAUUUGGUUAGAUUAGGAAAUAUAAAUGAAUCAGAUAAAAAAAAUUAUAAACUGAAUGAUAUAAAUAAAAAUAACAAAAAAAGUAAGAAAAAUAAAUAUAUUUCAGUAAGUGAUAUAAAUGAUUCAUAUGAUUAUAUAUAUGAAGACAAUUUAAAUGAAAAAAAUAUAUAUGAAAAUGAUACCUAUUAUGAAGGGGAUUAUAUAGAAUAUGAUAAAAAAGAAGAAAGAGACUUUAAAUUAUUAUGUGAAAUAGAAUUAAUAUCUAACCCAAAUGAAAAUGAAUUAAUUAGAGAAGAAUGUAAUAAAAUAUGGCCACAUACAUUAGAUAUAUAUAUUUUGCAUAUAUAUGAUUUAAUAAGUAGCUAUAUGGAUUCUCCUGAAAAAUUAAGUCUUUUUGUUUAUCAUGCAUUUGAUAUAGAAAAAAUAAAGAAGAAAUUACCAAGUAAAACAUCACAAUUAUGGAAAAAAAUAAAUAUAUCUUUAGACGAAUUUAUUGAAGAAAUUAAAAAAGUUCAUAAUUUUACAAUGAGGACAAUAUAUCAAAAUAACUAUAAAAAGCAUGGUGCUUUCCCUCCAAAUUUUAAGAAAUAUUUUACUCUUUCCGAAGAAUCUUUAAAAAAUAUUGCAAAAAAUAAAAUGGUUAUGACGGUAGAUUAUUAUAAAAAUCAUGUAUAUGAACAAAAUAAAAAUAUUUUUUUAAAAAUUAUACAAGAUCGUAUAUCAUUGUUAAAUACAUUUAAUAAUUAUUUUGAAAAUUGUUUACCAAUUUCAGCAGUUUUGUUUAAUAAACCUGUUGUGCAUUUAGAAGAGCAUGGGUUACGUACCUUGGAAUGUCCGUUAUGCUUUUUUAGUAGCAAAGAUAGAUAUUUCCCAUGGAAUGAAACAAAUUGUAAAAAACAUAAUGAUAUAUACAAUUUUAGUAACUAUUUAUUUAAUCUUAACAAAUGUGACAAUAUUAAAGAUGACAACAAAAAUAUUUCACAAAAAAUUAAUGACAAUUAUCAGUUUUCAUUUACAAAUGAUAGUGAUAAUAACUAUUUUGACAAUAAUGGUAAUAUUCUUGAUGAAAAAACUACUAAAAAUAGUAGUUUAAACUGUAUAAAACAUUGUAAAAAUGGAUAUUAUUCUAAUAAGAUGGUUUUAGCAAUGGGUUCUUCUGAUUUACCUAUACAAUUGUCUUCAUAUUUAUUUGUUAAGAAACUACUCAAACAUGAUACUGUUUCAAAAUUAUGGAAAGAUUGUUUAAAAAAUAUUACUUCAGCAAAUCCAGAAAAAUCUAAUUUGACAUUAAAAAUAGAUAGAGGUAUGGCAGCAACGGCUAAAAACAUUACGCAUUCAAUGUGGUAUCAAAGUACAUUUUCAUUAUUAAAUAUGGAUACUCAUAAACUUAGAAGGAAACCAAGAGAUAGACCUUUUAUGGUAGUAUUUAUUGGAGAAGGUGCUACUGAUUUUGGUGGUCCAUUUCAUGAAUAUCUUUCAUCUAUAUCAAGAGAAGUUAUGGGAAAAUUAUCAGAUUCUCCAGAUAAAAGUUUACCAAUGUUUCAAUUAUGUAUACCAUGUCCAAAUUAUACACAAGCAAUUGGAGGACGUCAAGACACUGUAAUUAUAAAUCCCAAAACUAGUCCUUAUUCGAUUCAAGAGGCAGAUUAUGUUGGAGAAAUAGAUAUUAUUGAUAAUUUAGAAAAUUAUAGAUGGCAAAUAUUACAAGCAUAUAAUUCUAUUAAAAAUAUUAAAAAGAAGUUGCACAAAUCUCAAUCUAUGAAAUUUCAAAUGCAUAAAAACAAAGAUGAGAACAAAUUAUAUGAUGAACAUUUUAAAGAAAGUGUAAAUCAAAAUUAUGAAUUCUUUUCAAUGCAAGCUGAUGAAAACGAAAAUGAACAGAAUGGGGAAUUCAAUAAUAAUAUAAAUGAGUGUGAAAGAGAACAUGUAUACUUAAAGAAUAACAGUUUAAUUUCUAAAGAAAAUUCAUAUGAUAAUGAAUUUGUUAAUAUCAAUGAAAACUCUAAUGAAAAGGGAAAGCAUCUUAAGAAAAAUGGAAAUUGCGUUUACACUGAAUGCAGCAAUGAUGAUAUGCAUAGUGCAAAAAAAGGUUCACCAAAAAAAAAAAAAGGAAAUAAAAAUAAUAAAUCGUGUUCUAAAAAUAAAAACUAUAGCUAUUUAUUGAAUAGUAAAAAAUCUGUAACUUUUGAAAAACUGGAAAAUGAAAAUCAAACAGAUAGCUCUUUAAAUAAUAAAUGUGAUAGAGAUUCGUCAUUUGAAUAUAAUUUUCCAACAGAUUCUGUAUUUGAAAUUAUUAAUAAUACAUCAUUAAAAACUAUAAGAAACUUUAUUAACAAAAUUUAUAAAAAAAAUGAUAAAGAUAAUGACAAAUUAUCAUCAUAUAAUAGAACAGACCAAAAAGAUGAAUUUGAAAACAUACAAAAUAAAGGAAAUAAUUCUACUACUAAUAAUAAUAAUGCAAAAAAUAGUGAGAGUAUAGGAUAUGAUGAAAAAACCAUUAAAGCUAUGGAAUUAGCUAUGUAUGAAUCUUUAGGUAGAAUUAUGGGCAUGUGUAUUUGUAUUGCAUCUCCAUUAAAUAUAUGCUUUAACCCUAUAAUAUGGAAAAAGGUAUCUGGAAUGCCAUUAGAAUUGCAAGAUUUAUGUGAUUAUGAUCUGGUUGCAGUAGAAAUGUUAAAAACAUUAAAAAUGUUAAACUCUGAAAAAAAAGAUGUGUGGAAUACUGAACUGACAUAUUCUUUAGGAGAUAUGACAUUUAUGACUGAAGAUUCAGGUGGAAAUUCAAUUGAACUUAUAAAAAAUGGAAUGAAUGUACCGAUCAACUUUGAUAAUCUAGAUUUAUUCAUUAAAUUAAUGACAAAAUGUAAAAUGAAUGAAUCAUCAAAAGGAAUUACACAUUUAUUAAAAGGUUUUAGUUCAGUAAUACCUUUAGGAAGAUUAAGAUUAUUAUAUGAUUUUACUGAUAUAGAGCAUAUGGUUUGUGGUGAAAGAGAAAUUAAUUUAGGUGUUUUAAAAGCCCAUACUUGGUUUAAUGACUUAAAAAUGAAAGAUAAACUUUUUGCAGUUUUAGAAAAAUUUACUAAUGAACAAUUGCAAUCAUUUCUUAGAUUCGUUUCGGGUCGUUCAAGAUUACCUACAACAAAAAAUGAUUGGCAUAUGAUCAUAGAUGUAGAUAAUACAAAUAAUAAUAUUAAUGAUGUCGACCAAAGAUUGCCUACAGCUGUUACAUGUGGAUUUCGAUUGCUAUUACCACAAUAUUCUUCUUUAGAAAUUUUGAAGGAAAGGCUUUUAUAUGCAAUCAAAAAUUGUACAGCUAUUGAUUUAGAUGCAUACGUUGUUCAUGAUCAAAUGCAAUUGAUGUAUGAAGAUUAG